AUGACAGCCGCGGAGCCAGAGGAGAACCACGCCUCGAACUCCCCACUCCCAACCCUCCAGGAAUGUCCAAACACAGGCCUGCAGCAGCGGGACAUGGAUCACAGCCCUGGGAACGAGCCAGAGCUAAAGCUGGACUCAAACAGGACCAAAACGACCCUAAAGCUGGGAAAGAAACCAGACAAAUGGAACUGUAAGAAUGACACUACGGAUAUCAUAGUUACAGGUUCGAGCGCUCGCUGUCCUCCUGUUCCACAGUUCCGGUUCAUGCGGUCGCAGUACCUCCGGUUCCCGUACCGGUUCAAAGCGCCUCUUCAGCCUGACACCUCCUUCCUCUGCACCAUGCCGAUCGUCCUCCAGUCCUCCCCUCUGUUCUGGACCCGCCUCGCCGCCAUGGCCUUCUCCUGCGUGGCGUUCUCGGUGGCGGUCCACGGCGGGCGCCUGUUCCACGGCACGGGCGACUGGUGCAUCUUCUGCUGGGCCUUCAGCUUCGCCGGGACCCUCCUGGUGCUGCUGGUGGAGCUGUUCGGCCUCCAGACCCGCUCCCCCGUCUCCUGGAAGAACUUCCCGAUUACCUUCGCCUGCUACGCCUCUCUGCUGUGCCUCUCCGCCUCCAUCAUCUUCCCGCUCUACUACCUCAAAGGCAACAUGGGCCCCAGCGAGAUCCGAGACUUCCGCAUCGUCUCCACCGUCUUCUCCUGCCUCGCCACCAUCGCCUACAUGAGCGAGGUCAGUCUCAGCAAGGCGCGUCCGGGAGAAGUGGCCGGGUACAUGGCGACCGCGCCCGGCCUCCUGAAAGUCUGCGAGACCUUCAUCGCUUGCAUCAUCUUCGUCUUCAUCAGCGACCCCGUCCUGUACGACCGCCAUGACGCCCUGAAGUACUGCAUGUCGGUCUACUGCAUCUGCUUCAUCCUCUCGGCGGGGGUCAUCGUCCUGUGCGUCUGCGAGUGCACCGGCUGCCUCCCGUUCCCCUUCGCACGCUUCCUGUCGGCGUACGCCUCGCUCGCCGUGCUCCUCUACCUCUCCGUGACCAUCGUGUGGCCCAUCUUCAACUUCGACCCCAAACACGGCGGGCAGAAGGACCGGCCCAGCUCCUGCAGCAUCACCCACGGCCUCUGCGUCUGGGACAAGACGAUCGCGGUCGCUGUGCUCACCGCCUUAAACUGCAUCCUGUAUCUGGUCGACCUCAUCUACUCCACGCGCCUGGUGUUCGUCAACUCCUAA